AAAUUCAGAAGACGAGUCCAAGAGUCUACUCAAGUCCUCCGAGAACUGGAAAUUUCUUUAAGAACAAAUCACAUUGGAUGGGUCAGGGAGUUCCUGAAUGAAGAAAACAAAGGCCUGGAUGUUCUGGUGGAGUACUUGUCGUUUGCACAGUAUGCAGUCACGUUUGACUUUGAAAGUUUGGAGAACAAUGUGGAAAACUCAAUGGACAAGUCCAAACCUUGGAGCCGAUCUAUUGAGGACCUGCACAGAGGCAGUAAUUUACCCUCACCAGUUGGCAACAGCAUUUCCCGUUCUGGCAGACACUCAACUUUACGGUAUAACACCUUGCCAAGCCGAAGAACACUAAAAAAUUCCAGAUUAGUGAGUAAAAAAGAUGAUGUUCAUGUCUGCAUCAUGUGUUUACGGGCCAUAAUGAAUUAUCAGUAUGGAUUCAAUAUGGUCAUGUCACAUCCACAUGCCGUUAAUGAAAUUGCACUAAGUUUGAACAACAAGAAUCCCAGGACAAAGGCACUUGUCUUAGAACUUCUAGCAGCUGUUUGCCUCGUCAGAGGGGGACAUGAAAUCAUUUUAUCUGCGUUCGAUAAUUUCAAGGAGGUGUGUGGAGAGAAACAGCGCUUUGAGAAGCUGAUGGAGCACUUCCGAAAUGAAGACAACAAUAUAGACUUCAUGGUGGCCUGCAUGCAGUUCAUCAACAUUGUUGUCCACUCAGUAGAGGACAUGAACUUCAGAGUUCACCUGCAGUACGAAUUUACGAAGCUUGGCCUGGAUGAGUACUUAGACAAAUUGAAACACACGGAGAGUGACAAACUGCAGGUGCAAAUUCAAGCUUACCUGGAUAACGUUUUUGAUGUAGGAGCUUUACUGGAGGAUGCUGAAACCAAGAAUGCAGCCCUGGAAAGAGUUGAAGAACUGGAAGAAAACAUUUCCCAUUUAUCAGAAAAACUCCAAGAUACGGAGAAUGAAGCCAUGGCAAAGAUUGUGGAACUGGAAAAACAGCUUAUGCAAAGAAACAAAGAACUGGAUGUGAUUCGGGAAAUCUACAAAGAUGCAAAUACCCAGGUUCACACCUUGAGAAAAAUGGUGAAAGAAAAAGAAGAAGCCAUCCAGCGACAGUCAACACUGGAGAAAAAGAUCCAUGAACUGGAGAAGCAGGGAACCAUUAAAAUCCAGAAGAAAGGUGAUGGUGACAUCUCUAUCCUUCCUGUUGCUCUGGCCUCUGGGAUGGUGCCGGCAGGGUCAGAGGCUGGGUCUGGAACAUGUGUUGCACCAAUUGCUGGAGCUGCAUCUUCAGUACCAUUGCCACCACCUCCACCACCAUUACCCACCUUAGCAGCAGCAUCUGAGGCAGUGCAAAACGGUCCUGUGUCAGCGCCGAUGCCACCUCCACCGCCUCCACCACCGCCUCCACCACCACCACCACCGCCUCCUCUCCCAGGUCCAGCUUUGGAGACAGCUCCUGCAGCUCCGCUGCCUCCACCACCCCCACCAUCAGCACCCCCCCUGCCCGGUACAGCCUCUCCCACCGUGGUGUUCAACUCAGGGCUUGCAGCUGUGAAAAUCAAGAAGCCGAUCAAGACCAAAUUCCGCAUGCCGGUGUUCAACUGGGUUGCCCUCAAACCCAACCAGAUCAAUGGGACGGUCUUCAAUGAAAUAGAUGACGAAAGGAUCCUGGAGGAUUUAAAUGUGGAUGAAUUUGAAGAAAUAUUUAAAACAAAAGCCCAAGGUCCAGCCAUUGAUCUUACUUCAAGCAAGCAAAAGAUAACUCAGAAAGGGUCAAACAAAGUCACAUUACUGGAUGCCAACAGGGCGAAAAAUCUUGCUAUUACUUUAAGAAAAGCUGGAAAGACAGCAGAUGAAAUAUGCAAAGCUAUUCACGUGUUUGACCUGAAAACAUUGCCGGUGGAUUUUGUUGAAUGCCUCAUGCGGUUCCUGCCCACCGAGAACGAAGUGAAAGUGCUGCGGCUCUAUGAGCGGGAAAGGAAACCCAUCGAGAACCUGUCCGACGAAGACCGGUUCAUGAUGCAGUUCAGCAAGAUCGAGAGGCUGAUGCAGAAGAUGACCAUCAUGGCGUUUAUAGGCAACUUUGCAGAAAGCAUCCAGAUGCUGACCCCGCAACUUCAUGCAAUAAUAGCUGCAUCUGUCUCCAUAAAGUCAUCCCAAAAGCUUAAGAAAAUACUGGAGAUAAUCUUGGCUCUUGGAAACUACAUGAAUAGCAGUAAACGAGGAGCUGUGUAUGGGUUUAAGCUACAGAGUUUAGACCUGCUCCUAGAAACAAAGUCAACAGACCGAAAGCAGACUCUGCUGCACUAUAUUUCUAAUGUGGUCAAGGAGAAGUACCAGCAUGUAUCCCUCUUUUACAAUGAACUUCAUUAUGUGGAGAAGGCUGCUGCAGUGUCUCUUGAAAACGUCCUCUUGGAUGUGAAGGAGUUGCAGAGGGGCCUGGAUCUGACAAAGCGCGAGUACACCAUGCAUGACCACAACACGAUGCUGAAGGAGUUCAUUCAGAACAAUGAAGGGAAGCUAAAGAAACUGCAGGAUGAUGCCAAAAUAGCCCAGGAUGCCUUUGAUGAUGCUGUGAAGUACUUCGGGGAGAAUCCCAAGACGACACCCCCCUCGGUCUUUUUCCCAGUGUUUGUCCGGUUUGUGAAGGCCUACAAGCAAGCAGAAGAAGAAAAUGAAUUGAGAAAAAAGCAGGAACAGGCCUUAAUGGAAAAACUUAUGGAGCAGGAAGCAUUGAUGGAGCAACAGGACCAAAAGUCUCCUUCACAUAAAACAAAGAGACAGCAGCAAGAGCUGAUUGCAGAGCUCAGGCGGCGGCAAGUCAAGGAUAACAGACAUGUAUACGAAGGGAAGGAUGGUGCUAUUGAAGAUAUUAUAACAGCCCUAAAGAAGAAUAAUAUCACUAAAUUUCCAAAUGUUCACUCGAGGAUCUUAGAAACCAGCCGUACCGACGGGCCGACGCGGUGA